AUGCAAACUAAACUGGUCCAUCGUUCGUCGACUUUCUCUUCUUGGAUUUUAACCAAGAAAAUCAGGAGGAAUAGUAGCCGAACAGAAACCACGACGCGCUCUAUUACUGAAAUUUGCGCACGCGACGUGUAUCUAUGCGGCGCCCGGACAUAUUCCUCCCAUGAACUUCAGCGACAGUCCAUCACUAUGGCAACCAAGGCAAUUAAAUUCACGUACAACAAUGCUGCCGUGAAUUGGAUGCGUAAAUUCGCAUGGAAUCAUUUUUGGGGAGGACGCGAGUACGGGCUACUUUUCCAUGACACAUACUUCGAGCCAGCUCCAGAGGUGACAGAAGCUCUUCGUCGUCUUAAUUUGAAGGAACCCCAUCUCUUUGAUCAAAGAAAGAUGCGUCUUUCACAUGCUCACACUCUUGCUCUCCAUGGGGAACGACUACCGAAGAAUCAAUGGACCAAGUGGGAAGAAGAGACAUGGUAUCUGAAACCUUAUCUCGAUGAAAUUGAAGCUGAGAAGAAAGCUCGAGCUGAAACAACCGGUCUCAUUCCUCCAUAUGAGAUGAAGCAAGGAGAAGGGCACUAA